GGGCCACACCCCCGCCGCCGCGCUCCUGGGGCCCAGCGUCUUCGGCGCCGCCGGCCGCACUGGAUCGCAACCCUCAGGACUGAGGGACUCGGUGUGAACCACUGUUGACAUUGGGACAAAUCCCAGCUGCCUCCUUUGCUCAUUUCACUUGUGCUACAGUUGUUCUUAUGUUACUCCAGAGGAUCCACCAAACAUAGGAUGUUGCCACAAAAUCUACCUCCUGUGUUACUCUCUUUUGAGAUGAACAGCAGUUGCAAAUCUGAGCAAGAUGUGUGCAGACUGUGUUGAAAAACUCUGAAGAACCUAAUUAACACAGGAUGACCUAGUAGUAAUUCUAAGCCUAUAGCAAGAUACUAUUCAUUAGUGAGUGUGUCAGUCUUGGUUCUGAAUGCCGCAGAUAACAGCAAGCAGAGUUUCUCCUUUCUUUAUUUCUGAAGCAUUCACUUGACCUUCCAUCAGUAAGACUGACUUUAUUCUAAUCUGUUCCUGGAGAUAUUAAUGGAAUACAGUCAUGUCCACUCAAGAGGAGAAGCAGAUCAAUACUGAAUAUGCUGUGUCCUUGUUGGAGCAGUUAAAAUUGUUUUAUGUACAGCAGUUGUUUACUGACAUAGUGUUAAUUGUUGAGGGCACUGAAUUCCCUUGUCAUAAGAUGGUUCUUGCAACAUGCAGCUCUUAUUUUAGGGCCAUGUUCAUGAGUGGACUAAGUGAAAGCAAACAGACACACAUACAUCUGAGGAAUGUGGACUCAGCCACCUUACAGAUAAUAAUAACCUAUACAUACACGGGUAACCUGGCAAUAAGUGACAGCACUGUAGAACAGCUUUAUGAGACAGCUGGCUUCCUGCAGGUAGAAGAUGUGUUACAAUGUUGUCGAGAAUAUUUAAUUAAAAAAAUAAAUGCAGAGAAUUGUGUGCGAUUGUUGAGUUUUGCUGAUCUGUUCAGCUGUGAGGAAUUAAAACAAAGUGCUAAAAGGAUGGUGGAGCACAAGUUCACGGCUGUGUAUCAUCAGGAAGCUUUCAUGCAGCUGUCACAUGAUCUACUGAUAGACAUUCUCAGUAGUGACAAUUUAAACGUAGAAAAGGAGGAGACAGUUCGUGAAGCUGCUAUGCUGUGGCUGGAGUACAACACAGAAUCACGAUCGCAGUAUUUGUCUUCAGUUCUUAGCCAAAUCAGAAUUGAUGCACUUUCAGAAGUAACACAGAGAGCUUGGUUUCAAGGUCUGCCACCCAAUGAUAAGUCAGUAGUUGUUCAAGGUCUGUAUAAGUCCAUGCCCAAGUUUUUCAAACCAAGACUUGGAAUGACUAAAGAGGAGAUGAUGAUUUUCAUUGAAGCAUCUUCAGAAAAUCCUUGUAGUCUUUACUCUUCAGUCUGUUACAGCCCCCAAGCCAAAAAAGUUUACAAGCUAUGCAGCCCACCAGCUGAUUUACAUAAGGUUGGGACCGUUGUAACACCUGAUAAUGACAUCUAUAUAGCAGGUGGUCAAGUUCCUCUGAAAAACACAAAAACAAAUCACAGUAAAACAAGCAAACUUCAGACUGCCUUUAGAACUGUGAAUUGCUUUUAUUGGUUUGAUGCACAGCAAAAUACCUGGUUUCCAAAGACCCCAAUGCUUUUUGUCCGUGUAAAGCCAUCUUUGGUUUGCUGUGAAGGCUGUAUCUAUGCAAUCGGAGGAGAUAGUGUGGGUGGAGAACUUAAUCGGAGGACUGUAGAAAGAUACGACACUGAGAAGGAUGAAUGGACAAUGGUAAGCCCUUUGCCUUGUGCUUGGCAGUGGAGUGCAGCAGUUGUAGUUCAUGACUGAAUUUAUGUGAUGAACCUGAACCUCAUGUAUUGUUAUUUUCCAAGGUCUGAUUCAUGGGUAGAAAUGGCCAUGAGACAGACGAGCAGGUCUUUUGCUUCAGCUGCAGCUUUUGGUGAUAAAAUUUUCUAUAUCGGAGGGUUGCACAUUGCUACUAAUUCUGGCAUAAGACUCCCCUCUGGCACUGUAGAUGGGUCUUCAGUAACUGUGGAAGUCUAUGAUGUGAAUAAAAAUGAGUGGAAAAUGGCAGCCAACAUCCCUGCUAAGAGGUACUCGGAUCCCUGUGUGAGAGCUGUUGUAAUCUCAAAUUCUCUGUGUGUGUUUAUGCGAGAAACCCACUUAAAUGAGAGAGCUAAAUACGUCACUUACCAAUACGAUCUGGAACUUGACCAGUGGUCUCUGCGGCAACAUAUAUCUGAACGUGUACUCUGGGACCUAGGGAGAGAUUUUCGAUGCACUGUGGGGAAACUGUAUCCAUCCUGCCUUGAAGAAUCUCCAUGGAAACCACCAACUUACCUUUUUUCACCGGAUGGAACAGAGGAGUUUGAAAUGGAUGGAGAGAUGGUUGCACUACCGCCUGUAUAGUCAGGAGUCCAGGGAGUGCACGCUUCAUCUGUUUGCUUUGUCAUUUUCUUUGCUUAAUGAGAGACUAUGAAAGGACUGAAUAUGAGUACAUAAAAAAAAUCUAUCUUUGAUAAAUUUUAUUUUUAUGCCCUACUUAAUAUUUGCAUCAGUAUAAUAUAUAUCAGUGAAUCUUAAAGAUAUGCUUCCAUAAUAUGAAAUAGAUUAUCCAAUAAUUGAGAAACUUUUAUGUGUAUCAUGAGAGCAUAACAAUCUGGAUUAUCUAACAUUGUUAGCCCUGUGUAUGUACAGUUCCAAAAGUUCACUUAUUAAAGUAGUUUCCUGUUCCUAGUGUGGUAUAUCGCAAA